CUUCACUCUAUCACACGAGGCUAGCAGCUGAAUAAUUAUGAGGCCCACGGUCGUGAGAUCAUAGGCAGCCAUGGGGAGACAUAAAUGGCCGUCGUAGCCCGCCAUUUGUCUCCUUUCGAUCCUUCAACGCGCUUUCCCAUAAUCCAUCAUGCUGUUCUCAAAGUCUUUGCUCCCCGUAGGGGCUUCGAUGCUUAUGCUCUUCAGCCAAGCAUAUACCAAACAAGUCGAGUCCGAGACGUACGAUCCAACCGACUAUCCCAUCUUCCAGCUGUCGGCCGACUCAGAUCAAGCCUUCUUCCUCGAAAUCCCCCUCUCUCUCGCCGAAGCAGAGGGCUCCAACACCGGCGAGCUCCUGCGCAUCGCCACGCAGAUUGUGCCAGGCAGCGAGGAGAGUGUAUACCCCGCCUUCUACCCGUUUGCCGAAAAGAUCAACGCUCUGGCCGAGAGCAUCAAUGCGACUGUUGACCCUGUUGGGGCUCGCGAGAACUACUUUCAUGCCUCGACGUACUAUCGCUCGUCGGUCUAUUAUCUCGUCGCCAACCAGAGCGAUCCGCGACUCGUCUCUGUCUGGCAGCAGGCGAUUACCGCCUUCAACAAAGCCAUCGCGUUGCUGCACCCGGCGCCUGGAGAGUCUUUCACUGCACACCAAACGAACAGCUCCAUUGGAGCGUACGAUAUUCCUGGCUAUUUCUACAAGGGCUCGGCAAGCAACACCACCCAGCUGCCCACCUUGAUCGUCAUGACGGGAUAUGAUGGCUCCCAGCAGGACGAAUUCCACCUUGCUUGUGCGGAGGUGUUGCGUCGCGGCAUCAACUGCGUUACACUGGAGGGGCCCGGUCAGCCGACUCCGAUUCGCUUUCAAAAGAUCGGCUUCAUCCCCGACUACUGGACGGCGCUGACUCCGGUCGUGGACCUAAUUACCAACCGCACCGACGUCGAUACGUCCAAAAUUGUCCUGCUAGGCGACUCAUUCGGCGGCACGCUCGCGCCCAUUGCCGCUUCUCGCGAGCCCCGCUUGUCGGGCGUGAUUAUGCUCGACGGCCUGGUGAACUUGCAACAGCAAAUCGGCCUAUCCCUUGGCAAGCUAGAGGAUCUCUUCAAAUCGGGCAAUGCGAAAGAGUUCAACGCGGAAAUGGAGGACGUGCUGAUCAACAACCAAUCGCAACCCAUCGGCGACCGCUACAUUUUUCAACAGGGGCUGUACACGUUCAAUACCACGUCACCCUUUGAGUGGUUCACGCAGCUGGGUGACAUCAAGGUGACCCCGGAGGUUGUGGAGGGCGUGGGAGACAGGCCCGUCUUUAUUGCUCGAGGCCAGGACGACAAUCUCACCGGCGUGCAAGCCGUCUACGCCCGCGACAUGUUCAUCAACAACCGCACCAACGGCGUCAAUCUCACGACCUACCAGGAGUUCUUGACCGAUUUGGGCGCCGGCGAGCAUACGUCGAUUGGUGCCGAGACGCAGAUUUUCACCGCUUUUUCGGCGUGGCUGAGCAAGAUCUGGGGUGAUUAUUUGUUCACCGACGAGCAAUCGUACUGAUCGGGACGGACACGAGGCUGGAAACAACGAUUGUACACAUUCCACGCCCGACUAGACUUUGCGCAGAUUGUACGAAUACUCCGUCAAGAUAGAUGUGCUCGUUCAACAGGAAUUAUAUAAUCAUCAACGUGU